UUUUUACGGCACAACAUCAGUUCGUCAACGCAUAUCGGCGGCUCUCAGCGUUUUAAGUUGUAGGUGUGAUUAUUACUGGAUUAAAGUGAACCCGUUACCGGGGAACUGGAGCUGCAGUCUUGUUUUGAUAGUUUGACGCGACUUCCCUUUGGACUGAAGCCUGGGUCAUGAAGUUAAAGUACGGAGCGGAACCAGGCGGURAACAGGCCUGUGGAUAAUCAUCAACGUUAGCAGGCUACGUUAGCCGAUGUGGAGCUAUUUGUAUGGGUCGCUGUGCUAACUAGCCAGAUGCUAUUGUUAGCAUAACAGAUAGUGGAAUAAGGCUGCUAGCUUGUUUUAAUGCGGAUAUACUGACCGAGCCUGCAGGGGUCAACUACAGUUACACGUUUCCUGAAGUUUCGUCGAGUUUUGAGUUAAACUUCAAGUGGGCUACGGGUAGUUUGUCGCAACGCUCUAAAUCGGUCRUUUGAUUUUGAGGGAGUGAUACUUGGAAGUAAGUUGUGUUAGGGGUUGUAUCUUGAUGAUCAAAGCUCAGUUAAACCCAGUUCAAACCAAGCGCUCUCUCCACUCCCUAACCGGACUACAAUUCACAUUUGUUGAGUCUCCCAACACCCACGUCCCGCGGAUCUUUGCCUCUAAUCUCUGGCCGGCUUCAGUGGCGGGCCACACGGCACUGAGUGCCCGAUGGAGGAGCAUGACAACAUGGACUAUUUUUACCAGCAGGUACUGCAGAAAGACGUUACUCGCAGACUGCAGGUCGGCCAGGACCUGAUUGAAUACCUGAACGACCCGCAGCGCUCCCCGGACGUGGAGCAGGACAAACCUCGGCUGGACAAAACCGUCGACGAGUUAACGGGAUGGGUGAACUCCAGCAAUUUCAAGGUGGCAUUGUUAGGGAUAGACAUCUGUGGUGCGUUUGUGGACCGCCUGGGAGACCGGUUCAAAGGAUACCUUGGCACAG